UGAAAGGGGGGGACAAAGUGGUACAAGAGAAGAACUCUGCAUAUGAAUGUUCUGCAGGUUUGUGCCAUUCAUUGACAACUUGAAACAUUUAAUUAAGUGAGUGGAAAUUGGGUGGCAUCAGGAGACACGGGGGCUUUGUUCCGGACCUGUACAAAGAGAAUGGCUCGGUUGAGGACGGUGUUCUUUUUCCAUUUGGCUUGCAGUGCUGCACUGAGUCAAGGUUUACUUUUAAAUGUUGGCUCAGCAAAUGUUGAAUCUCCCGGCACUUCGGCUAUACUUCACUCUCUCGGUUUACCUCAGCACACAGAAUAUGAGCUUGUAUCUCCGUACGAGGUCGACCACCAAGGUGUGUACGUCUCCCACGAGAUUACCCACCACCAGCGCAAACGACGACGCAGGUCAUUGUCUCCAGAUGCAUCCUCGUCAAACGCUGAUGGCGGCAGUGAAAUGACUUACUUCCGUGUGAGCGGCUUGGGGCAGGACUUCCACAUGGAGCUGAAGGAGACCUCGGAGAGCUUGAUUGCACCUGGCUUCACCAUACAGGUCCUGGGAAACAACGGCACCAAGAGCCUGAGGGCUUACCACCAGGAUGACCUCUGCUUUUACCAGGGGUCACUGAGGUUGAGGGUCAAUUCGUCUGUGGCGCUGUCUACAUGCACGGGGAUGACAGGUUUGAUCCGCACUCAGGAUGCAGACUACUUCCUGAGGCCAGUAUCCCGCCAGGUUGCCCAUGGAGAAAACUUCACGGCACCUUCCAGCCACCAGCCACACAUCCUGUACAAGAGUAACAGGGACACCCAGGCAGGGGACAGAGGCCAUCACCCUCGGGGGCUUCAGAAGAGAUCCCCAGAUUCGGCUCCUCACAAGUCAGAAAGGAGCUUAGCAACCAAAAGCCAAACCGACUCGCAGGCAGAUGAAGAAGACCUGCAGAGAAACCAGCAGAGUGAACCUCCCGGCAAUCAUGACAAACGUGAUGACCAGCAGGAGCAUCAUGCCGGAAGCAAUUACCAUAACAGCCAUUGGCAAGAUGAUGACUACACGCACAAGGACAGGCAGAGGCAGCACUUCUGCGGAAGACGGAAGAAAUACAUGCCCAAACCUCCAACGGAGGAUCUCUUCCUACUUCCAGAUGAGUACAAGUUCAUUCCCAGGAACAAGAGGGCAGUUUUCAUGAAGAACCAAAGUAACCAAAAGCUCAAUGUGGAAACUCUGGUGGUAGUAGACAGAAAGAUGAUGGACAACCAUGGCCAUGAGAACAUUACCACUUAUGUUCUAACUGUGCUCAAUAUGGUGUCCAGUCUCUUUAAAGACGGUACCAUAGGAGGAAGCAUCAACAUUGUAAUAGUGGGACUUGUGCUUCUAGAUGAGGAGCAGGAUGGACUGGUGAUCAGCCACCAUGCAGACCACACACUGAACAGUUUCUGCCAGUGGCAGUCCACUCUCGGAGGCCGAGAGGGUCAACGUCAUGACCACGCCAUUCUCCUCACAGGAUUCGACAUCUGCUCCUGGAAGAAUGAACCAUGUGACACUCUGGGUUUUGCUCCCAUAAGCGGCAUGUGCAGCAAGUACAGGAGCUGCACCAUUAAUGAGGACACAGGUCUAGGCUUGGCAUUCACCAUUGCACAUGAAUCUGGACACAAUUUUGGAAUGGUCCAUGAUGGUGAAGGAAACAUUUGCAAGAAAUCAGAAGGAAACAUCAUGUCUCCCACAUUAGCAGGGCACAAUGGUAUCUUCUCGUGGUCCGCAUGCAGCCGCCAGUACCUCAGCCGCUUUCUCAACUCUGCCCAGGCUUUGUGCCUAUCGGAUGAACCCCAAGGAGUCAAGGAGUAUCGUUACCCUGAGAAGCUGCCAGGCGAGCUCUACGAUGCAGACACACAAUGCAAAUGGCAGUUUGGUGAAAAGGCCAAGCUCUGCACCCUCGAUUUUAAGAAGGAUAUCUGCAAGGCUCUUUGGUGCCACCGUGUUGGGAGGAAGUGUGAGACCAAGUUCAUGCCAGCAGCGGAAGGCUCGGCUUGUGGACCUGACAUGUGGUGUCGAAGGGGCCAGUGUGUGAAACAGGGUGAUGAGGGCCCAAGGCCUCAGCAUGGCCAGUGGUCAGAGUGGUCUUCUUGGUCUGUCUGCUCACGAAGCUGUGAGAGUGGCGUCACCUAUCGUGAGAGGCACUGCAAUAACCCAAGACCUGCUUAUGGAGGAAAGUUCUGUGAAGGCUCCACCAGAUCAUAUAAGCUGUGCAAUACUCAGGAUUGUCCCCUGAAUGCCAUUGACUACAGAACGCAGCAAUGUGCUGAAUUUAACAGCAAGCAGUUCAGAGGAUGGCACUACACCUGGAGACCAUACACAAGAGUGGAUGAUCAGGAUAUAUGCAAGCUUUACUGCUUUGCUGAAGGUUAUGAUUUCUUCUUUGCUCUUGCAAGCAAAGUCAAGGAUGGGACACUGUGCUCUCGGGACAGUUCUAAUGUCUGUAUUGACGGCCUUUGUGAGAGAGUGGGCUGUGACCGUGUGCUGGGCUCCACGGCUGGGCUCGAUGUUUGCGGAGUGUGUAAAGGAGACAACUCCACCUGCAAGACCUACAAAGGCCAAUACACAAAGCAGCAUCAUUCUAACCAGUACUAUGGUGUGGUCAUCAUCCCAGCAGGUGCUCGGAGUAUCCGGGUUCUGGAGCUGAAUACGUCAAGCUCCUACUUGGCUGUCAGGGACACCCAGAGGCGCUACUUCUUGAAUGGACAUUGGACGGUGGACUGGCCAGGCAGACAUCCCAUUGCGGGAGCCAUUUUUGAAUAUAAGAGACCUUACAACAGACCAGAAAGCCUCAUAUCAGUUGGCCCUACCAAUGAGACACUUGUUAUCGAGAUACUGUUGCAAGGUUUGAACCCAGGUGUACUUUGGGAAUACACCUUAAAUAAAGCUGAUGAAGGAAGGAAUCAAAUAAAACACAAUUAUACCUGGGCCGUCAUACGCUCCAAGUGCUCAGCAUCAUGUGCCGGAGGCCAUAUGAACACCAAGCCAGCAUGUUACAAAGACAUGCGAUUCCAAGUGAAUACAUCAUACUGUAAUGCCAGAUCAAGACCAGCCACUGGAGUGAUACCCUGCAACAUUCAACCAUGCCCUGCCAGCUGGUCUGUAGGGGAAUGGGGGGCGUGCAGUCAAAGCUGCGGAGGAGGGGAGCAGACACGGCAGGUCCACUGUGUCCAAAGAAGCAGUCAGACCAAAGAAGACACCACUGCUGACUCUCACUGUUCUCAGCCAGCCCCAGCAAGGAGGCAGGCCUGCAGCACCCGCAGCUGUCCACCAGUUUGGAAAUUGGGGCCGUGGUCACAGUGUUCUCGCAAGUGUGGCAAUGGUUUGAGGAAGAGGACAGUGCUCUGCACAAGACCCAACACAGAUACACAGUCGCAGACACUGGCAGACAGUUUGUGCGCAGGCCUGCCCAAACCUGCAAGUCAAGAAUCUUGCUUCAUCAAACGUUGCCAGAAACAACGUAAAGUCCAGUGGUUUGUCUCAACGUGGCAAGAGUGUUCAGUAACAUGUGGUGGUGGCUAUCAAGCACGUUUCAUCAAGUGUGCAGAAAAGGACACAGCAGGCAAAUACAGAGAGCUUGCAGCUAAAAAGUGCCAUCAUAUCCCCAGACCCAUAGUUGAGCUGCAGCGGCACUGCAUCUUAGUAGAGUGUCCAGUUCGAACUACCCCAUCAGUUCAGCGAUGGAAUGUACAUCACUACACUCGUGCACCUCUACCACGACCAGAAUGGCACGCAUCACCUUGGUCUCAGUGUACAGUGACAUGUGGAGGUGGAGUGCAAGCAAGGAUGGUCCAGUGUCUUGUACAGGGGAAGCCUUUUUCUGGCUGUGCCCACCAUCUGAAACCCUCAAUGUCCCAGGCUUGCAAUACCAACUUCUGCCCGCAACCUGACAAAAAAGACCUGGCAUGCCGGGAUUACUUCAAUUGGUGUUAUUUGGUGCCCCAGCAUGGAGUGUGCAACCACAAAUUUUAUGGCAAACAGUGCUGUCAGUCCUGUUCCAGAUCAAACCUAUAAUCACAGAGGAGUGACUUUGUCUGUGACACAGACAGGAAGGUAGUUACGAAGUUAAAAUACUGUACUUGAUGCCCUUGCUUGACAAGUCGUGUUUGUGCAUUACGCAUGUGAAAAGCACUAAAAUACAAAGGACAUUUCAGUGGAAGUGCCAGAGAGCCUCGAUGGUUGUUACUCUCUCUGAGAUGCGGGACAUCCAAAUACAUGACCUUCAUGCUGAUAGUGCGGUACGGAAAUGUGAUCAAGAAGUUUGGAAGAACUAACAAACUGGGGAAGUUGAAAUGACUGACUUGUCCGAACCAAUUGAUCCCUGAAAAUUGCCAAGGAAACCACAACUCCCAGUCAAACAAAGGAGAGCUUCCAACAUAUGAUGCAUCUUUGUUGGCACUACAAUGCUUGAUGAUUUAGAAAUAAUGAAAAGGGACGCAGCAACAAAUUAAUUUUACUGUAAAACUUGAAGAAAAAUCCAAAAUGGAUUUUGCAAUAGCGUGAUCCUUUGUAUUGGCAAGGUUUUAAAAAAAGCAAUCCUUGAAUGAUUGAGUAUGCUCGGUCUUUACUCAGCGGUGCUACAGUGUUGUUUGUCACCACAUUGCAAUGUGACAUCCUCAAGUUUCAUGAUUGAACACAUGCAUUUUGUGACCCAUGUACAGUACUGUUUGUGUUAUUUAUUGGCUUUACAAUACAGCAUUGCUGGAAGACUGUAUUAAUAAGCAGUAUAACUGUGACCUUUUAUUACUCUAUGCUUAGCCCAUUUGUAUUUUGUAUUUUGUUUCAUAAAAGGCUGACAUGCCUCCAUUUAAAUUGAAAACAAAUUAUAUUUUUGGAGAAUAAAAAAAUGACUGACAACAGUGAUAGACAGUGAUAGAUGUGUUAAUAUGAACGGUAACCUUUUUUAUUACUUACUUUAUUACUUCAAAUCCCACAGUUCCAGGUAGAAAGUAAAGAACGUACUAUACCGUGAGAAUGCAUAUUACAGGCCCAGAAUUACUGUAUUAUACCAUGGCCAUGUUUUUGAAGAACUGACCGCUACUGGCUU